AUGUUUUUAUAUUUUUCUUUUCAAAGACGCUUGAACAAUCAAAGCCUUUCAUGGAUAACACUCCUCCUUGUUGCUCUAAUAACUUGUUAUACUCUCUUUUUAUACACAACAAUUGCUGCUACCACCCAGCAAAAAUCAUUACAUCAAAACACGUUGAUCAGUUUUGGAGAAUUGAAUCAAAGGUUACAAUUACCUCUCGGAGAUGGCAUUGUCGGAAUUGAGUGCUUUCAUGAAGAUGACCACUCCAUGUUCUCCAAAGAAGAUGACCACGAUACUAGCAGGAGGAGUAGUAGUACUGAACACACUCCUAGUAGUAAUUUUCAAACAGUGAUCGUAAUUCAUACUGUGAAAAAUAGAAUUAUUACUCUCUCAAAAAGUAAUAACCACAAAGAAGGAAAUGACGAAACCAUGUCGUGGCAUGUGAAAAUGUAUGAACAAAUGAAAGAGUGGAGCGAUGGAGAAGAAAAGAGUAUUAAAGCCAUAUUUAAGCGAAAAUUGGACAAAUUAGAUCAUUUAGAUGAAAAUCAGGCAGAGACAAGUCAAAAAAAGAGUGCCAGUCGAUAUUUAGUGCGAAUGGCAUCACCCUUCUCUGUGAAAAAAGCUGCCACAAUUACAGCAUCCAAGUUUGGCAGCGAAGUUGGACCAUUAUUUAUUAUUGACAAGCUAUUAGACGAAUUUUUAAUGUGGAAUAAUAACCAAGAAGAGCCUACUUCAAGAAUUCCUUUAUUGAACGAGACUAUGGCCACGCUAUUUAAGGGAAAUAUUGCAGACUUUCAAUUUAAUGGCAACUUGGCAGUCUGGCUUACAACACUAGGCCAUGUAUACUAUUCCUUUAUUUCCAAUGUUGAACAAUUUUGGCAACCUUCGACACAAAAUUGUGAAAUUUAUAAGGCCCUGUAUAAUAAUAGAGAGUUUAAAGCGAGAAAAAUAGCACUAGGCACUGAUCAUUUAUUAAUUAUUGGAGCCCAUGAUAAUGGACUCUAUUCAUUGGGUGGAAAUGACUAUGGUCAAGCUGGUCUUUCACAAAGCCAUGCAAUUGUGCUCUCACUCUCGCGACCAGAUGGAAUUAAGGGAAAAAUCAAAGACGUGUCUGUUGGAAAAUAUUUCUCCAUUGUAUUGACCGACAAUCAUCAAAUUUACACAUUUGGAAUUAAUGAAAAUGGGCAAGUGGCGCUCAAUCCUUCUUCAACCUCUAAGAGUCACAUUCCAACCCCAAUCACUUCCAAACUAUUUGGUGACGAGAAGAUUGCCACCAUUGCUACAGGAAGUGCUCAUACCGCAGUUUUGACAGAGAGCGGAUCUAUUUUUACCUGGGGAAGCAAUUCACACAAACAGUUAUUACACAACUCCACACAUUCUCACAUCCCUACCAUGAUCUUUUCAAAUAUUCGUGAAAAUUUUAAAUUAUCAACCUCUUUGCAACAAGUUUUUGCGUGUGGAAAUAAUUUAUUGUUGCUAUUGAGAGAUUUUAAUGUAGAUUCUUUGAAUCAACAAGAUAUUCCACUCAUUGAUUUGAAUACCAUGAGUGCAAUUAAUAACUCUCCUUCCAAAACAGAACUCACAACACGUCAUGACUCUAAAGAUUUUCAAACCUAUGAAGAAAAGAACCAGUACAUUUUGGAAAACUUUGAAUUUGUUGAACAAGUGGGAAGUGGAGCUGAAGGUCUCAUCCACAAAUACAAGUGCAAAACAACUCAAGAACAUGUAGUCAUUAAGCACAUGAAGGUUUCCGAAAAUGAAAAAGCCAGUUUUCAAGCUCAUAUUGAACAAGUCAGAAAACUCAACCACAAACAUCUGGUCCCAUACUUGGACGCUUUUUGUGAUGAGAAGGAAGAGAAAUCCGAAACAUUUUAUUGUCAUAUCAUCAUGCCUUACUAUUAUCAAGAUUUAUCAGAUCUGAUAUUUUAUCAUUCGGAUAUGGAACAUGAUGCAACAACCAUUACAGAUGUUUACGAAAUUGGCUAUCAAAUUGCUGAAGGCAUUGAUUACUUACAUCAACUUGAUUUGGUACAUCGAGAUGUUAAGGUUGAGAAUAUUUUGAUUGAGUCGUGCGGAGGAAAACACAAAUUUGCCAAAAUUACUGAUUAUGGAUUUAUGACGAAUAUCAAUCAAGUGCAUUCUACUCAUGCUUAUUCUGAAGAUGUUGGAUCUUUGAAUCAGAAUCUCGUAGACAGUUUUAACAAGAAGAGAUCGGCCAUGUACAUUGGAAGUUUGCCUACAGUAGCUCCAGAGAUCAAAACAAAGAGUCACAUUUCCAAAGACAGUCUCAAAGCAACAGAUAGUUUCUCCUUUGGAGUCUUGCUUUAUCAAUUACUCAUAUUCAAAUCAAAAAUCACACUCGAUGGUGUUGAGCAUUACAUUUCUGACGCAUUAUUGUAUGACGAACGAGCAGCUCAUCAAGAAAUUACCAAGCAACUUUCCUUAAAGCCAUAUCCCAAGUUGUGUAUUGAUUUGGCACUGAGUUUAUUACAGAAAGAUUGGACCAAACGCCCCACGAUGCGAGAAGUGAAAAACGUUUUGGAUUAUCUUUCACGAGGAGAGAAGUGGUCCUUUCAAGGCUGA